ACAUUUGAUAGGCAAAUGAGGUUGACACGGUGUGUGUAAUGAGCACGCCGCUGUGCGGUGGCAGUCGAGGAUGGGAUAUGAUGCUGCUAGUUGUAAAUGAUGAUGACCAGCUUUGGCGAGCGAGUAAAUGAGAAGCUUUCCGUUCUCUCCUGUAGCCGACAUGACUUCCAUCAUGGAUGCAGUGGUGUGACCCGAUUCUGUCUGCUUCUGAUGAUCAAUGAAGCAAGACAAUUUCGAUCGUGUUGUGAGAAUUACUUGUAACAAAGAAUUUUUGCUAGUGAUCAGGACACAAAAUGAAGGAGGAUGUGAAGUAUGGAAAUGACAGUCAAACCAAUGUUUGCAUGGAAAUCUAUGAGCUGUAUGAGGAUCUUGUUGAUUUGGCAAGGGAGGCCAGCAAGUCACGCGUUUCACAGGCGGCAUUUGAGGAUAAGAUACGCGGGAGCGAUGUCAGCAAAUUCCUGUAUGAUGAUGGAAGUGGGAAAAUGACAUCAAUUAAAGCACUAGUGAAAAUCAGAAACCAGGAUAACUGGAUCAAUAAUGAUGUUGUUGAUGCUAGAGAUCAAAAGAAGAAGAGACGACCGAUUGCGAAGUUGAAGAAAACCAUGGUGACUGGAUCAUCAUUAGGGAGUGCUAACAAGAUUAAAUCUGAACAGGAGGCCCAGCGAGAAGUUUGCUGGGACAUUGACAGACGUGGUUAUUCUGGAGAGACCUUACUCCAUGUUUGCUUCAUGAGUCCCCACAAUAAAGAUGUUAACUUUGAGAUUGCCAAACAACUCAUAAAAGCAUGGCCAAAGAUGAUAAAUGACUUCAUCCUAGGAACUGAAAACUAUGGUGAAACAUGUUUACAUAAAGCUAUUGUAAAUGAGAACAUCAGUAUGAUCAAGUUCCUGAUUGAGAAUGGAGCUGACUUGAAUGUUCAUUGUUAUGGAAGGUUCUUCAGGCCAGAUGACCAGAAGGCUUGGUGUGAGGACUCACUUAACCAUGAACACUUCAUUUUGUACAAAAAGACAAACUAUGAAGGACUCACCUACUGGGGAGAAACACCACUGACGUUUGCAGCUUGUCUGGAUUUAGAUCACAUUUUCCGUUCUUUGUGGGUGAAGGGGUGUGAUAUCAAUGCUCAAGACACUAAUGGGAACACUGUACUUCAUAUGAUGGUUUUACAUGAUAAGAAGGAUAUGUUCACUUUGGCAUAUGAGUUGGGUGGUGACUGCACCAUCAAGAACAAUCAAGGGUACACUCCUUUGUCUCUGGCUGCCAAGCUACAUAGGAUAGACCUCUUUGAGCAUAUUUUGUUCUUAGAACGUCAACUCUCAUGGAAGUAUGGCGAUGUUACUUGUGCAUCAUAUGCUCUGGAUGGCUUAGACAGUAUUAACUAUGAUGGUACCAUCAAUAAUAAAUCAUCACUGCAUCUCAUUGUAAACCAAACAAGCAAGGAACAUCUUCAGAUGUUGAAAGGUGUCAUCUACAAGCUGUUGGAUGAGAAAUGGAAGACAUUUGGUCGUUUCAAUUUCUUUGCUCGCCUAGCAUUCUUUCUUCUGUACCUAGCUGUACUCACAACUGCAUUCUAUCUCAGGCCGGGAAAGGACCCUAAAGCAUUCACAGUACACAACAAUGUUACUCUACCUAAUGGCUCAGUGAUUGACGCAGGAACAGAAGUUAUUGAGCCAUGCUACUUGCUGUAUACAGACACAUCAACAGAUCAGGCACGUGUGGUUUUUGAAAUCAUCACCUUGAUUGGAUCAUUAAGUUAUCUUUUCUUUGCUGCGAAGGAGACAUACCACCUUGGAAAGUGGUCUUUCAUGGAACUUAUGGUUUUAGCCCCAGCCAAAGCGAUGUUCCUACUGUCAUGUUGUUUUAUCAUCUUGGCAUGUUUUGGCCGUAUCCCUCCAUGCAAUCCAUACUACGAAGAUGUCUUCAUCACAUUUGCCAUUUUGACUGCUUGCCCCUAUUCACUGUUUUUCCUGAGAGCCCUGAAGCUUGUGGGUCCAUUCAUCUUCAUGAUCUACAAAAUGAUUCAUGGUGAUCUUCUCAAAUUCCUCGCCAUUUAUCUCAUCUUCCUGUUUGGUUUCUCCCAAGCUAUGCAUAUAGUAUUCCUUGGCUACAGGGGGGAGUUUGAGCUAUUGGAUUCAGUUAUUGGAAUGUUUGUAAUGUCCCUGGGUGAGUUUGGUGAUAUUUAUGCCACGUUUGAUGAAACAAGAUAUCCAGUAAUGGGAAAGUUGCUGUUCUGUGUGUACAUGGUCCUAGUGGCACUACUUCUAGUCAACAUGCUGAUUGCUAUGAUGGGGAGUACGUUUAGUACAAUAGCCGAGACAGAGAAUGAAUGGCAGAGACAGUGGGCCAAGAUUGUCCUCAUAUUAGAGCAGUCAUUGUCACCAGCUGUCAGAGUCAGUGUGCUACACAAGUAUUCAACACCAAUGUGGGAUGGCAGGCAAGACCGAGCUAUGAUCAUGCAAACAGAGAAUGAGGACCAUGACGAUGCAACCAUACAGAAGUCUAAACAUCGCCACAAUGUCAAUUCUAAUCGCGAGUUCAUUGAUGGUGUAUGGCAAUCGACAUAAGGAUCAGUACUACCGAAUAGCAGAAUCAAUGAAAUGUGAGUUUCUCAAGUGCAGUACAAACUUAAAAUUGUCGAUGUCAAAGCAAAUACAUCUCAUCAUAGUGUUUGCUUUUCCAUUUACUAUGCUGAUUGCUCUGUAUAACAAGCCAAAUCAACUUAAAUGUUGUAUUUGACACUUGUGUGUUAAACCAUGUGGCAUUUACCCAAAAGAAGGGGGUGGGGCAAAUUCCACUUUUAUAGAAUUGAAAGUGCCAGCAUUCUAAAAAUGGUCCUUCCACCUUUCUUGGAGGGUAGGAUUCUUUUAUGGAUGAAAAAUUGGACAGUCAUUUUGUUUGGAUGAGAAAUCCAUUUUAUCUCCCAACCAAAUAACUGGAUAAACUACUGUUAAACCUCAACAAGUAGCUCCCAAGAACUGCACAAAUAAUCUGACUUCUGGCAUUUUGAAGUACAAGAUUCUAAUCAGGAACCGAGUCACUAAGUAGGGAGAAUCUAACUUCAGCUUUCUUCCUAAUCAGAAAUAUUGGAUUAAACAACCAUUUUGCAUGAUUUAGUAGAACUAAAACGAGCUCAUAAAAAACUUCAUUUUACUGGUAGUCUGCAACGAGGAGUGUAGCCAAGGAGACACUGCAGUAGAUAGUUUAGCA